AUGGCAAGUUAAUAUUGCACAUUUAAUUUAGACACUUUGGGAUGUACAGAUUACUUAUGUGAAAAUGUUUUGGAGAUAGAAUAUUGUACAAUUGACUCUACUGGUACAGUCUGCACAAUCAAUUAAGGUUGCGUAGAGAAGAAAUGCAAAACUGCUCCUAGUUCUUAUGAUACUAAUUCAAAAUGUGAAGGGUGGAUGCCAUAAUGUACAGUUAAUGUAUAAAUUUUAUCAAAUUAAAAAAUCCUGAUUGGGUGCAUGGAUAAAAAGAGCUCUUGCACACUCUCAGUUCAAGAUCAAUGUUACACUACAUUUUCAGGAUUGUUGUGUAAAUGGGAUCAAAGUAGUAAGAAAUGUUAAGAUCAACUUUGCACUGAUGCAAAUCCUAGCUUGUAUUUAACAAAUGAGGAUUGCAAUUCAUUUAAGGUGUUAUCUGGACCUUGCAUUUUAGGACCUUCUGGAGUUGGAUGUCAAAUAUGGCCAACUAAUUGCACUAAAAUGGUAAGUCAAUAACAGUGUUAAUUGAAUCUAUAAGAUUAAACAAAGUGUUUUUGGACUGGGACCUAUUGUAAGAAAUAAUAAUGUUCAGAUGCUCCUAAAAUAAACUACACCAAUAAUGUUGAAUGUAACAGCUGGUUUAAUAAUUGUAUUUUUGAUCAUCUUCUGGGUGGAUGCAAAGACCGAAUCGAUCCAGUUAGUUGUUCAUCUUCUCCAAACAUUAGCAUGUAUGAUAAUCAUCAGGAAUGCAAUGCAUGGAAUCCUAAAUGUACUGUAGUUUCCUCCUUUAGUGCUGAAGGAUGCGAAAUAAAAAAAGCAACUUGUGAUGGGUUCAUCAGGGAAAGGAAUUGUAAGACCACUCUAAAUGGCUUAUUUUGUUAUUGGGAUGAUAAAGAACAAAAGUGUAUGAAUGAGGACUAAGAUAAUGAUGGAGUUGCUGAUUGUCAUAAGAGACUUUAUGGAGACGUAACUCACCAGGAUUGCUAAGAAUUCUCGCCUAAAUGCACAAUAAAUAAUAUUGUUAAAUCCUGUUAACCUCUUGCAUCGAAUUGUGAGUAUCUAUAUAAACAAUAAUGCGAGAUCACUAAUUAAUAGCAACCUUGCAAAUGGGAUAAUUUGAAUUAAAAAUGCAAGGAUAGAGUUUGUGCUGAUAAUACAACUGCUUAAACUGAGGCUGAAUGUUUAAUGUUCAGGAGGUUUAAUUAAUGUUAAUUGAAAAUUAAGUCUAAUGGGACUUAUGGGCCUGGUUGUGAAAAUAGACCCUCAUCUUGUAGGAAUAUUACAGAUUCUGUGAUAUGUAAAUUAACUCUUACAACUUAGGAUGAUAAAUGCUAUUAUUAUAAUUCUAAAUGUUAGGGGGUAUCAACAUCGAAAUGUGAGGUAAUCACUGAAAGCAAAAGUAAUGAGUAUUGUUAAUUAUAUAAUACCGUUUGCGUACUUCAACCAAGUGGGUAAGGAUGCUUUUCUCUGUAUUCAUGUUAUGAUUUAUCGAAUACGAUUUGCAACAAUGCCAUUAUGAGAAAUAAUUAUAGUUGUAACUUUUCAGAUAAAUGUCGUUACGAUACUAGCUGUUAGUACAAAUAUCCUUCUUAUAGUAAUUGUGAUGGUCAGAAAACACAGUCUGGAUAAUUAUGUUACUUUUAGUAUUCAUGUCCUGAAUGCAAUAAUUAAUGCGCCAUAUAGACAGCGUAAAAAAACUAUACCUUUACUUCUUCAGCGACCAUCACAGACAAAAGGAGAUAAUGUUAAGACUAUUCAUCAUCAUACAGAUAUGAUACAACUUGUGAUUGUUGUUUAUCAAUGACUUCAUGCGGCUAGCAGGAAGCAGUAAUUUUGUAAUUCCUCAGAAUAAUUAGAAUGAAAACUGGAAAGUGUGGAUAUGAAAUUCAUCAACUAAUCGUUGCGAAAUUAGAAAAUGCGAGCAUUUGA